AUGAGUCCGACAAAGAGGAACAGCACAGAGACUCCCUUGAUGAGAUUCAGAAUGAAGGACCCGAUCUUGGACAGCCAGAUUUUGGACUCCCACGCGUCUUCUUCUGGGUUCCGUCAUGAGCAUGUUUGUGAUCAUGAACCAGGACCGUUCGUAGAUAUGUUCCAUCUCGAUGAUUCGCAGCUCGCCAAACAGAAGCACCUGAAGCAGUUUCCCCACGGUGAUUGCCAUGACAAGAAGCCAGUUGCCUAUGGCCAUCAAAUGAGGCCCGCGACACAUCUUCAUUCCGGCCGAGGCAAUAUGAGUUCGAUAGCAUUAAAGCUCACGACGCUGUUUGUUCGGCAGAUCGCGAAGCCGAUCGCCAACACCAUCAAGUCGGAGGCCAAGAACCACCAGGGGUUCAAGGUGACGUGUGUGCGGGUUGCGCAGUACUUCCAUUUUCUGGACGAACGGCUCAAGACAUCGUUGAUGGGCAGCAAGGCGCGGCAGAUCCGGCCGUUGAACGAGGCCAAGGCAAUCCAGAACGGCGCAGAGAUUCUGUCUGAGACGUUCAUCUUCAGCGUGGCCGCGGGGGCCCUUUUGUACGAGUCCAAUAGACAACGGGUCAAGGAGAAGAACCGCAAGGAGGGCAUGGAGAGCGACGUGCGCAGGAUGGAGGAGGAGAUCGCGGAGCUGCGCGAGGUGGUCAAGCUCAUUGGCGGCGACAAGCUGGUCAAGGCGGUGGAAACGAAAAAUGACAACCCGGAGCUGGUGAUGCCCGUUUCCAAGGGCCAACCUCCAAACCUGGUGGGGGAAAUCAAGCGGGAAAAACAGGUUUUACGAGAACAGGAGCUUAAAGACUCCGAUAGCGCGGAUAAAUAG